AUGAAAAGUUUAGCCACUGAGUCUCGCAGUUCUAAAUUAGUAACCAUUGCCUGGAUUCUAAGUUUUCUCCUAAGUAUACCUCAGGCUAUAAUAUUCAGAGUUGCACGGGGACCCUUUGUAGAAGAAUUUCAUCAAUGCGUGACACACGGAUUUUACACAGAGCAAUGGCAAGAACAAACAUACACCACUUUGUCAUUCGUGUUUAUGUUUGUUAUCCCCUUGAUAAUUCUGAUCUCAACCUACGUUUCUACUAUAAGAACUAUAGCGCGGAGCAAAAAAUUUUUUGAAACAGAGAACAAGUGGCAAGAGAGAUAUUCAGCAUUAGAUAUAAACAGAAGGAGGCUUAUGGAUAGAGCAAAAAUGAAGUCCUUGCGUAUGUCCGUUGUUAUCGUAACAGCGUUUGUAAUAUGGUGGACACCUUAUUACAUAAUGAUGAUCAUUUUUACAUUUUUGAACCCUGAAAAAAGUGUAGGCGAUGACUUACUAACUGCAAUUUUCUUCUUUGGUAUGUCAAAUAGCCUGGUUAACCCUGUCAUAUAUGGCGCUUUCCAUUUAUGGCCAAAAAAGAAGCGCAGCUAUCAAAGCGAUAGGGAAUCGGGAGGAUUGCAUGCUUCGGGUCGUCGGGAUCAUACCUCUUCUGUAAAAUUAACUACUUUAAGAUCCAUAAGAUCUUCAUCGAAAAAUUCGAAUGGGCAAAACAUAGCAUUCCUU